AUGGAUAUUCCAGAAACCGGAGCCGUGUUCACACUGGGGAAAUCAUAUUUAGCCAGUGCCGUCGGUACCGUCCGCCGGACUCGACUGGCCCCGGUUCCGCAGGAGGAACCACCCAACCCAAGGCAGUACAGUUCCUCGACAUCUUCAUCCGGUGGAGAAGCCCUGAUGAUGACAGCAACCACCAACCGGCACACACCGAACGGGUCGAGUCCUUCGAGGCCGCCUGCGGAACAGCAGAGUUACUUUUUCAUCAAGAAUGACCCGGUGGUGAAAAUUGUUUGUGGAAACACGCAGAGCGGAGUAAUUUGUGAAUCUGGUCGCCUCUUUGUCUGGGGUCGCAACCAUUUCGGUCAGCUCGGUCUAGGAUCCACGGAGGAUUGUUUCAAACCAUCAUGUGUUCGAAUUAUGAAAAAACUAAAGCAACACGUCAAAGAUGUUCGAUUCGGAGGAAACGGAUACUGCUUGAUAUUGACCGAGAAUGGCAAAAUCUUCUACACCGGCAAAAACAUCUUCCCUUUCAACUCAAAAGUGGCCUCUCUAGCGGAAGCUGGCAGUAUGAAGAAAUGUACCGUUGAUAACAGUGAAUAUACCGACGUUCCGAUUGAACUGACCGAGUUUUCCGAAUGUUUGGAAAAAGAGGAUGAACGUGUCGUGAACAUCAGCGCAGGUUUCUGUCACUUUGUUGCACGAACCAGCGCCGGCAAUUGUUUUGGAUGGGGCUACAACAGUCACCAGCAGCUAGGCGGAGUAGAUUCCCUGAAGAUCCUCACCAAGCCAGAUCGACUUGGCGUAGAGGAGCGAGUCGAACUAACCGAAUGCGGCAACUAUUGCACUCUGAUGGUGUCCCAAACCAAUAGGCUAUAUUUGAGCGGAAAAUUUCAAAAGAUAUCAAUUCCAGUAAUCAAAGAACUGUCCGAGAUUAACCUCCCGGCGAAAAUAAUCGCCGUAGAAAUCACUCGAAAAGAUGUAAUUUAUUUACUACUGCAAAACCAUCAGAUCUACCGAUGCAAUCGUGUUCAGAAGAUCGAAGAUCUGCAAUUUCACCGACUCGAACUUCUAGAUCAGUUGCUUCGAAGAGACGAGUAUCCUACACAAAUCGCUCCGGCAAAUAACUUUACCUCAUUCGUAACCAGUCACGGCCGGCUUCUAACUACCUACGAUGCCGAAAGCCCCUUCACGCCGUCGGAUCACUUCCGUGAGCUGGUGAAAUUUAAACACUUCACCGUUGCCGGUGCAGCCAGUGGAAUGGAACACUCACUGGUACAAGCUUUUCCUCGGAAGUUUCCUUCACCGGCGCUUGACGUUGACUUCUAUGAGGCAGUCGAAACCAUCGAAGCCGCAAUAAAAAGCGAGGAAGAGAAAAUUCGAAACGGAACACCUAUGCCCACUGCUGCAACCGACAUAGCAGAGGAGUUCAUUCAGCAAGAGAAGCGCCGACUUCGACAGGAACGAAUCGCUAAGGAAUUGUUCAAAGAUGAGUGCAUUCAGAUCGAAACCGACGCCAACGAUGUAAAGUUUAUCGAGAACGGUGUAGACAUUACCUCAAUGGUGGAGAACCACAAUGCUCUGGGUGAGACCAUAACGAAGCAAAAUAAUCAGCUGCUGAAUCCGAACUACUCAUCACACCGGAAUAUCAUGAGAGACAGUAUAGCACUAGGAAAAGCUACCUCACCGAACAUUAGUCAGCUGAUCGAUUAUAGCGAUGGGGACAAUGGCAGCAUUUCGUCACAAUCAACCUUUGAUGAUGAGGAAGACUCCACUGAGCCGUAUAUCCCGGCAAAAAUUAACAAUGAGGUGUUAAACGAUUCCAAUAAUAACGCAAGCGAUCGAAAGUUAAGCUUGGGCAGUAAACUGGAAGGCAAAGAAAAAAUGAGAAAAUUUCUAAAAGAUCUGAAAGCUAAAAGUAUGGAUGUUAGCUGCCGCAAUGCCGGUUCCGUGUUGAAUGAUGAUGCUAAAUACGCUAAGAACGGCUUGGAAUAUUCAACAGAAAAGCGGCCUUUAAAGGUUUGCAAUCUCAUGUGA